AUGCUUCUGAUGGGCAUCGGAUCGCGAGGCUUGGAGCUGGGCACAAAGACGGGGACGCUGAGCCUGGUAGUGGUGUCCGCUCUGACCUACUACGUUUGUUGGAGAUGGUCUGAGACUUCGCGGGCCCGCAGGGUGGCCAAGCUGGGGCGGAGCGCCGCCGGCUCGUCCUCGCUCCCGAGCCCCGUGGCCGUGUUGCCGAGAUGGAUUCCGUUCGUCGGCGGGCACACACUUCAGAUGGAGUCUGAGAAGAUGAUGCAGCAGGUCGAAGGGUGGGCGGACGAUCUCGGCGGAGACUACGAGAUUACGCUUAUCGGGAAGAGGGUGAUUUUCGUCACGGACCCCGAAGACAUCCGCCGCAUUCUUCUCCUCCGCCCUUCCAAGUUCAAGAGGGGUUGGCGUCCGGUAGGGGUUUACCCGUCCCUUUUCUUCGAAGAGGGCAAAGAGUGGGGCCGGUCGAGGCGACUCAUAGCGCCGUUUCUCAGCGGGCACAAGAACGUUGCUGGCAUGGUUCCUUCCAUCGCGAAGAUCGCUGAGCGGGUCUGCGCCAAGUUGGGGGAUGGACAGGGAGAGCCCGUGGACUUCGUCCAGGAAUUUGGGCGCUACACUCACGAUGCUAUCGCCCUCUCAGGCUUCGGCUUCGACGCAGACAGCGUGCGGGCUACCAAGGAUCGCCCCAGCGUGUCGUUCGAAGCCAUGGGUGCAAUCGUCGAGGCUGCCUUGGCCCUAUCCGUGGAUCCGCUGGCAAUGUUGGCGUGGUCGACUCUGUCGUCAUUGUUGCCUUGGGUCCGAGAGAUAAAGGAGAAGUCUUCCAGGCUCCAACGCGUAGUCGAGGGGGCCAUCGACAAAACUCGGAGCGAGAUGAAAGAAGCCGGCGCUAGCCACCCCGCGGGUGGCGAGGAGGGGGCACUCCUGCGGAAGCUUCUGUCCGUCGAAGGGGGCAGCGACAACGCCAUCAAGGACGUCAGCAACCGCAUGACGCUUUCGGACAAGGAGAUCGUGACGCAGAGCAAAGGCCUGUUCCUUGCGGGUUCAGAGACGACAGCGAAGACGCUCUCAUGGGCUGUUUACUUUCUGGCCAAGCACCCCGAGAUGCACUUGAGGUGUCGCGAGGAGGCCCUAAGAGCGGCGCCACUCAGAACAGCGAACAUCGAGAGAGCGUGCAUCGCAACGACACGUCGCUCCCAGGAAACCACCACCAUGAAGAGCGGGUUGAAGCUCGAGGCCGGGACGGCGUUCACCCUCCUCCUCCGGUAUCCCUGUCUCUCGGAGCACUCGUUCACAAGGGCAAAAGACUUCGUGCCUGAAAGGUGGAUUGAUGCUGAGCGUGAGGAGGCUCUUUUGGGCCAACCAGCGGACCGGAAGAGCAGCGAUGUCGUUCACCGCGAAGAGGUAGCGCAGGCCUUUGGCGGAGGGCCCCGCAAAUGCCCCGGAAUGGACAUGGCACACCUCGAGGCUGCCAUUAUCCUUGCAGCAAUAUCCGCUCGCUUCGAUCUGGCCCUAGCACCAGGACAGGCGGACCCUCCGGAAGAGGUGUUCAAGUUCACUGCCGGAGUGGAGAGCCUCAAGCUGGUGUUAACGAAGAAAGUGGCUUGA